AUGUCUCCUGGAUUCUCCCGCAGAAACCGGGCAGCGUGGAAGCUCCGACGACUUGGAGAAGACCCCAACGCGCCACCACCUCUUGCUGCUAGUCCCGAGUUGCGUUAUCACACCCCCGGUUACGCGAGCUGUGAUCCCCCUUGGGACUGUUACAUCAUGCGCAUCAUCGAGCUCGUCUGCGCUGGCGAUAGGACUGAAGGAACAGAUCAACAGAUUCAAAACCCGGGUCGGAAAGCAGCCAUCUCAGCAAGAGCAAUGGCUGGUGUGAGAAACACAAAGUAUCAUCAACUUCUGAUUCGGUCCUUCCAAGUCCGUCAAUCGCCAUCCUGGGCUCCUUGCGGCAAUUUUGCUCCGGAUCGCCCAUGCCGGAGUCCCGGCCCGCCGGCCUCAAUGCCCCAUGCCGCCGAGUUCCACUUCUCCGAGGCCACGAUACCGCGCACCACAACCACCACGACGAGUAGGCCGCUUCUUGAGAAUGAGAAGACCAGGGCAUCUGCGGCGCCCUGGUUUCAGUUCACUGCAAUAUUCAGAUAUUUCUUUGCUAUGACCCUCAAUCAUCUCGUCGCCCGUGUUCAAAAUGCAGUUGCUAUGUCUGCUGUCACCUUUUCCAGCGCCCGGUUGGCACCGGUGGUUUUUCUGUACGGCAUAGCACCCAAUCGUUAG